AUGGCGGCCGACACGGGCGCCAGCCCCAGCGCCUCGCGGAUCUCAUCCACGGUGGCGUCGAUGCCGUGCCGGAGCGGCGUCGCGUCCACCCCGGUCCACGGCGCCCACGACGAGCCCUCGCCGCCCGCGUCUUCGUUGCCACCGCGCCGGGGCGGCGUCGCGUCCACCCCGGACAACGGCGUCCACGUCGAGCCCUCGCCGGCCGUGUCGCCGUUGCCACCGCGCCGGGGCGGCGUCGCGUCCGCCCCGGACCACGGCGUCCACGUCGAGCCCUCGCUGCCCCUGUCGCCGUUGCCACCGCGCCGGGGCGGCGCCGCGUCCACUCCGGACCACGGCGUCCACGUCGAGCCCUCGCCGCCCGUGUCGCCGCUCAACGAGAGGAAAUUACUGGCCUAA